CUAGCUCGCCUUUGACCCUAAUCCAGGCAGCUGCACUUGGGUGGCGAUUGCGAAUGCGAUCGGCUUUGUGCAGUUCUUUUGUUUAGAUCAAUAUCUCUACAUGAGUGAGAUGGAUCAGCGUAUGGGCCGCGAAGCAUCAGGGCCUAGUGCCGCUUUUAUUAAUCAGUGCGCACGCAGUGCUAAGCCGAUCGGCCGUCCACGCAAGACAAGUCUGGGAACACCGAUUCCCGGUCUUACGAACAGUGGAGGCCUACGUCAAGAAAUCAUUCACGUCAAUCCAGACGAUGAAGAAACGAGGCGACUAGUGUCGGGUGGUCGCAGAUCAAAUCAAGCUCUACCAAUUCAUUCGGUUUCUGUCAAAGCUGCUGUUCCCGCUGCUGUCGUUAAACGGCCUGCACGAGUUCGCUUUAAGAGGCGAGUACGCGUUAAUGUUGAUUAUGCUUCAUCAUCUUCGUCUUCAUCUUCUGGGCACGAGGACUCCGAGGGAUCUGCCGCCUCCUCGGACAAUUGCGAUCAGACUGGUCACUAUUAUCCCACGGAGAAGGCCCCUGGCUCUCAGCGCGUCAAAGAUAUGCCGUUGGUCAAGACUAAGAAACAAUCAGCCUCAACAACUUCUGUUGCCGGCGCUGUUGGCCAUGAGUCUGAAACAUCGCUGACUAGCCCAGCAUGUCAACACACUGGAAUAAACUCUUUGACAGGGGACGAAACGUGUGAUACUAGCCCAAUGAGAUUCGAGGAAAAGUUGGAGCCGCCGAAUUAG